CCCCGCGCCGGCCCGCAUUCCGCACCUUCCGGCUACAAGGGUCCCCAGCUGGCCGUCAAGCCCGACCUGGUGGGGAAGCUGGUGAAAUGCGGCCACGUCUUCCACCUCCACUGCCUGGUCGCCAUGUACAACAACGGCAACAAGGAUGGAAGCCUGCAGUGUCCCACCUGCAAAACCAUCUAUGGGGUGAAGACAGGGACACAGCCGCCGGGGAAGAUGGAGUAUCACAUCAUCCCUCACGCGCUGCCCGGCCACUCGGACUGCAAAACCAUCCGCAUCAUCUACAACAUCCCUCCGGGGGUGCAGGGACCGGAGCAUCCAAACCCGGGGAAGAGCUUCACUGCCCGCGGCUUCCCCCGGCACUGCUACCUGCCAGACAGCGAGAAGGGCAGAAAGGUACUGAAGUUGCUGCUGGUAGCUUGGGACCGGCGCUUGAUCUUCGCCAUUGGGACCUCCAGCACCACGGGCGAGUCAGACACGGUGAUCUGGAAUGAGAUCCACCACAAGACAGAGUUUGGCUCCAACCUCACCGGC